CCCGGGUUCGUCGGAUGGCGCAGCACAGCAGCAUGCUGAAGAUCAUGCCGAAGAUCUGCCAAUGAAAGAGACACGUCAUGAACUCCAUCAGCUGCACCUUUGAUGAUCCAUUUGAUUUCAGUGAAGAGUCUUGGGAUCAAUGUGAUAACAUGCUGCAGACAACUGACAACAAGAUACACGUUGCCAAUAACCUGAUGGACAUGGACCAGGACCCUCGCAAACGGCUGUGCUUUGCUGACGGCCGAAGGAAAGUGGACUAUGUGCUGGUGUACCACUAUCGAAAACGCUCCUCCGUCAGGAGGUCUCCUAGUCAACACAGACUGUCCAUCAUCUCCAAUGGUAGUUAUCCUUUAGGAGUGGAGGAAAAAGACCCAGAGGGAGGGAAGGAUGAACCUGCGGAGGUGGUGGUGGAUGUCGGACCCCUAGACCCUGCUGAUGGGGAGAAAAUCAUGAUCCGAGAGGAGUUCGAAGGCAAUUUAAAGGAUGCUGGGCUGGAAAUUGAGUGUGAUAAAGAGAACAAGGCUCAUGGUCAUGCUUUCAUUCGGCUACAUGCGCCUUGGCAGGUGUUGAGCAGAGAGGCAGAGUUUCUCAAGAUCAAGGUGCCCACCAAGAAGAGUUACGAGUUGAGGGAAGAAAAAGGUCUGGCUGCCACCAUGAAUGAAGUGUGGCGGAAGUUAAAUCAACCGUUCCAGCCCAAAGUACCCCAUCAGGAGCAAGAACACAGCCGUACCAAGUUCCUUUCGCACUGUUUCUCCCGGGACAAGCUCCACCUGUACAACAUCAAUUCAAAGGACAACUUCUUCGACAAUGCCACAAGGAGCCGAAUAGUGUAUGAAAUCCUCAGACGCACCUCCUGCACACGGACCUGCCAAACCAUGGGUAUCACCACACUGAUAGCCAACGGGGUUUAUGAUUCAGCGUUCCCUCUACACGAUGGAGACUUCCACCCCAGUGGACAAGCUGAGGGGAAGAACGACAGACAACUGUUACAUGAUGAAUGGGCAAGAUACGGUGCUUUUUACAAGUAUCAGCCUGUUGAUCUUAUCAGGAAGUACUUUGGGGAGAAGAUAGGUCUCUACUUUGCCUGGCUUGGCGUCUAUACUCAGCUUUUGAUCCCUGCGUCUGUGGUGGGCAUCAUUGUGUUCUUCUACGGCUGGGCCACUGUGGAAACAAACAUACCUAGCCAGGAGAUGUGUGAUGAGGAUCAGAACUUCACUAUGUGUCCCCUCUGUGAUCGAGCAUGUGACUACUGGCAUCUCAGCACAGCUUGUGGCACGGCACGUGCCAGCCAUCUCUUUGACAACCCGGCUACCGUGUUCUUCGCCAUCUUCAUGUCCGUCUGGGCUGUCAUGUUUCUAGAGCACUGGAAGCGCAGACAAAUCAGUCUGAACUAUAGUUGGGAUCUGACAGGCAUGGAGGAGGAGGAGGAACAUCCCAGACCCAAAUAUGAAACGAUUCUCCUUCAAAAAAAGCAGAGGAAGAAGAAAAAUAAAAAGAACAAAAAUGAGCCUGAGAGAGGUGUGGACGAGAGUGGGAAACUGGGGAAGGACAAAUGGAGGCAGAGGUUACUGUCAGCCAUGGCAGCUGGGAAUCCGACUGGACAUGAGAAGCUAACAUGGAGGGACAGACUGCCUGGAUAUUUAAUCAACAUUUCCUCCAUUCUGUUCAUGUUUGGAGUGACUUGCUCUGCUGUCUUCAGUGUCAUCAUCUACCGCAUCACCAUCUCCGCCCUAAUGGCCAUGAGUCCGGAUCCAGAGGUCAAGUCCAACGUACGAGUGACCGUCACAGCCACUGCAGUCAUUAUCAACCUGGUGGUCAUCCUCAUCCUGGAUGAGAUCUAUGGCAUGGUGGCUGCCUGGCUCACAGAACUGGAGAUCCCAAAAACAGAGACCAACUUUGAGGAGCGUCUGAUUCUGAAGGCAUUCCUCCUGAAGUUCAUGAAUGCCUAUGCACCCAUCUUCUACGUGGCCUUCUUCAAAGGGAGGUUUGCAGGCCACCCCGGUGACUAUGUUUAUGUCUUCAAUGACUACCGUAUGGAAGAGUGUGCUCCUGGUGGCUGUCUAAUUGAACUCUGUAUCCAGCUCAGUAUCAUCAUGUUGGGAAAGCAGCUUAUUCAGAAUAACAUCUUUGAGAUUGGCAUUCCAAAGCUGAAGAAGCUGUGCCGCACACUCAAGGACAAAGAGCGGGCGCCCAAGGAGAUUGUGGAGCAGCCGGGUCGCCGCCAGCAGUGGCACCUGGACUACGACCUGGAGCCUUUUGACGGACUCACACCUGAAUACAUGGAGAUGAUCAUUCAGUUUGGUUUCGUGUCGCUCUUUGUGGCCUCAUUCCCACUGGCUCCGCUUUUCGCUCUCUUGAACAAUGUCAUCGAGAUCCGCCUCGACGCCAAGAAGUUUGUCACGGAGCUUCGCAGGCCAGAUGCCAUUAGGGCCAAAGAUAUCGGUAUUUGGUACAACAUCUUGAGUGGUUUGGGAAAGUUCUCGGUCAUCAUCAAUGCCUUUGUCAUCUCCUUCACGUCAGAUUUCAUCCCUCGCUUGGUCUACCAGUACAUGUACAGCGAGACAGGGACCAUGCAUGGCUUCAUCAACCACACGCUCUCUUACUUUAAUGUCAGCAACUUUAAACCUGGAACUGUGCCUUCCAUCUCCAGUCUCGGCAAAGACGUUACAUUCUGCAGGUACAAGGACUACAGAGAACCACCAUGGUCAACUGAGCCUUACCAGUUCUCCAAACAGUACUGGUCGGUUCUUGCGGCUCGGUUAGGUUUCGUCAUAUUGUUUCAGAACCUGGUAAUAACCAUGAGCAUGCUGGUGGCCUGGGUGAUCCCGGACGUGCCCAAAAACAUCAGCGAGCAGCUGAAGAAGGAGAAGACUCUUCUGGUGGAUGUCUUCCUGAAUGAAGAAAAGGAGAAGUUGCAGUUGAUCCAGAGCUUGUUCUCUAGAGAUCUGAUACAAGAACAGCAGAAGGAGCAGCAGGUGUCGGAUCAGACCUCGCUGCCUCUUCAGCAAACCCAACCCGAGCCGGUUCCUCCCGCUACGUCCCCGGCCUCCACAGCUCCUCGCACCCGACCCCGAGCUGCAAGCUUCAGCCAGUUCACCCGCCAGAUGUCCAUGUCUCCCCAAAGCAACAUCACCCAACACACGGCCGUGUGAGGGAAGUCGGACGAGAGAAGAUGAGUCUGGAGUGCAUUUCACAGUGCCUGAGUGCUGGAUUUUGAGGAUUUGCUGAAGUUUGAGGCUCCGAGUUUUGGGAAUCAGGUGACCUCGAUCCUAUGUUCCUGUUUUUUUGUACCGGAGAAUGAGGGGUCACUUCUUUUGGUCACUGAACUGUAGUCUGAAUGUCUGUCUUGCAGGCUCCACAUCUGGUU